UCGUUUCAGGAAGCAUGGUCCAAGCUGAGCUCCUGCCUGCUGUAGCCACACCCAUUCCCCAGCGACAGCCAAUCACAGCCUGCCAUCGCCUCGGUCCACCUGUCGUCCCCCUGCCAAGCCCCGCCCCCACACCUGUACCAAUUAUUGGUAGCAACAACCACACACCCCUACCCAGCGUGACCCCAGUUACAUCCAAUAACGAGCUGAAGCCCUGCCCCUCCCCCUUCAGGAUGAAACCAGCUGCAGGACUUCAAGAAAGACGUGGCUCUAAUGUCUCCCUGGUUUUGGACAUGUCUGCUCUCGGCACUGUGGAGCCCCUUAACGUCGCCGUGGUAACCCCCAGGGAGGCAGUGGCCAGGGAGUACCUGCUGUCGGCUGGCCGGCCGCUCACCCGACAACAGCUGCGCGACAUCGUUAACAACACCCACAGGCUGCACGCAGAGUUCGCUGAAAUCCCAAUGAACUUCAUAGAUCCCAAGGAGCUGGAUAUUCUGAAUCAUGGGACCAAGAACAGAUAUAAGACCAUAUUGCCCAACCCUCAUUCCAGAGUGAUCCUAAAGUCAAAGAGCUCCAACGACCUGCUGAGCACCUACAUCAAUGCUAACUACAUACGGGGUUACUUGGGGGACGAUAAGGCGUACAUCGCCACUCAGGGUCCUAUGGUGAACACGGUGAAUGACUUCUGGCAAAUGGCCUGGCAAGAGGAGUCACCAGUUAUUGUCAUGAUAACCAAACUGAAGGAGAAGAACGAGAAGUGUGUUCUGUACUGGCCGGAGAAAAGAGGCAUCUAUGGGAAGGUUGAAGUGUUGGUGAACAGCAUCAGAGAGUGCGAACACUACACCACUCGCAGCCUCACGCUCAAGUGUGGGAACCAAACCCGCUCUGUGCAGCAUUACUGGUACACAUCGUGGCCUGACCACAAAACCCCGGUCUCAGCACUGCCGCUGCUGCAGCUCAUGACUGACGUAGAGACGGACAGACGGGCCGCCACCAACGUGGGACCAGUUAUAGUCCACUGCAGUGCUGGGAUUGGGCGAACGGGAUGCUUCAUCGCCACGACGAUGGGCUGCCAGCAGCUACAGCUGGAAGGAGUGGUGGAUGUACUGGGCAUCACCUGCCAGCUCCGAGCCGACAGAGGAGGCAUGAUCCAGACAGGUGAACAGUAUGAGUUUGUCCAUCAUGCCUUGAGCCUAUAUGAAGCCCGUCUAUGUGCAGAAACUGGCCAGUGAGGUUUAUCCACCUGACGAAGGUACAAGUUUAACCUGGAAGUGUGCUAAAACAGUCCUCUGCGGGUGUGAACUGUGGUUUGGGAAGUCUGGGAAAUUCUGGAGGAGGCCUUGGAAUUUGAUGGACAGCAUGGACAACCAAGCAGGACUGUUCUGGGAAGAAUCUGCUCAAGGAAAAGGGAAAGGCAAAUUAUUAAGAAUGGAAUGUAUCUUUUCAUCUUUUCUUUUUCAUCAAACUCUGUGGACCCGCCCAUUUCACUUAACCAACCGAUUGUUGGAUCGAGUUUUAACUAACCAGACUCUCCCAUAAUGUCUCUUUUGUCAUGGAGACUUAACAACUUCAAUUUACUGAAACUGAUGGUACAUUGUUCAAUAACACUGUUGUGUUUAUGUCUUCUAGCAUUUUCAUUAUUUUGUAAUGUGGUGUUUUUAUAAAAAUGGCAACUGAAAAAUGACUGUUAGCUGCACCAUUGGUUAAACUAUUCUAGUACAGUUGAACCAACACUUACCUGUUUGUGACCUCAGCAUGCUAUUCAUUACUCUCUGAUUUAGUCACAGUGCACUUCCUACACUUAGGCUAAGACAAGGUUCAAAUGCUCCUUUUUUUUUUUUUACCUGUUAUUUAUUGGUGGGUUUUCUUUUUUCAUAUUUUUUCACAAUCUCAUUGACUUAUUAAACUAUUGCACAUCAAACUUCUCAGAGAUGCCAAACACACAAACUAGAUUGACAUCAAUAGGGCUAAUGCUAGGUUCAGAUACAUUAACAACUGACAUUAGUAGUUAUGUAAGCUUGUAAGCUAAUGGAUAAACAGCUAACAAAUAAAUUCUUUUAUCAAUGGUUGCCCAUGGGGUAACAGCAACUUUUACAUUCUUGUUUCUGUAAGUUUCCCAGCUUUUGCUGAGGUCCCAAAUGGGGCUACCUUUAACAACAUGCUAAAAGCUAACAAAGCAGAUUGAUGCUAAUCUUCUGCUAAGCUAUAGUUCUUGUAGUACAGCAAAGCAAUUAGUGGCUAAUUAUAGCUCCAGUAGUUUUAUUGCUUUAAUGUUGAUAAAUAUAUACUAACCACUUAACUCAUGCUAUAACUAGUAGUGCAUUAUCCUAAUACAGUAUUUUUGUUAAACCAAUUAAAUCUAAUAUUCUGCUGCUAAGCGAAGCUUGUAUUGUGGUGUUAACAGUUGUUUAUGUAAUAUUCAUCAAGUACAGCUCCAGAGAGGUUCUGGCAGCAAUGCUAAGUCUGGGUAAUAUGGUAGCUGUAACUUACAAUGCAAAAGAAAUAUUUUUUUUUCUUUAUCACCUUUAUGUUAACACUUAAAAAGACCAAUGAAUAAUACAUUAAAUAAAUAAAUAAACAAAUGAAAAUACAUAGGGAAAUGGAAAAUGGUGGCUUGCAAGGUAUCUCACAAGUAGUGUUUUUAAUUGUUAAAUUAAAAGUCAAAACUUUGAU